AUGCCAAGUUCAUAUGCAGCGGGACAGAGAAAACCUCCCAUUUUGGCUCUAUUGAAUUCUACCUCACAAUCUGAUUGUACAGCAGAAGAGGCUUACCAGUGGAGUGAGGAUAGUGCGAUUUUUGCCGAUGGGAGUCCAUUUUCUCUUGUUGAAUACAAGGGAAAAGUUUAUGCUUCUGACAAUUGGGAAGAGAAUGGAGAUGAGAUUAUAGUGGAAAAUAUCCAAUUCAAAAGGAAGGGAAGAAGGUUGAAGAAGCAUGUGCAUGAGCCUUCAGGUGACAAAGAGAAGAAGGUCGGUACUGGAUUGUGUUGUUAUAGCAGUGAAGGGAAGGGAGAUGAAACCGCUAUCAGAAGGAUUGAAUCUAAACAGAAGAGAAGGUUGAAGAAGCAUGAGCCUCUAGGUGACACGGAGAAGAGGGUUGAUACUGAAUCGUGUAGUUGUGGCAGUGAAGAGAAUGAAGAUGAAAGUGAAUCUGAAAAGAUCAGAUCAGAAAGGAAGAGAAGGGCCAAGAAGUUUGAGCCUCAAGGUGACAAUGGGGAGAAGAUUGAUCCCGAGUCAUGUUUUUAUGGCUGUGACAUUGGAUUUGAAGAUAAUCUGCUGGCAGAUGGAGUGAUUAAAUCCAAGGAAAAGAAGAUGAAGAAAAAAGGUUUCAAGUAUAAGCUGCAGGAGAAAGGUGAUGAUGCUGAAACCAGUAGCUCCAUAUUCAAGAAGUGUAAGCCUCAAGGUGACAACGGGGAGAAGAUUGAUCCUGAAUUGUGGUCUUAUGGCUGUGACAUUGGAUUUGCUGAAGAUAAGUUGAUGGCAGAUGAAAAGAUUAAAUCCAAGGUAAUGAAGAAGAAGGCAGUUGAGGUGGAGCUGCAGGAGACUCGUGAUCAUGCUGCAACCAGUAAAUUCAACCCCAAGAAACCAGGACCUAAGAUUCAUAAACAUACAGUUCAGGUUGGUGUUCGAUAUGUUUCACCUUAUUUUCAUAAUGAUAGUGCAAAGAAGAUUAAUGUCAAAUCAUUGGCGAAGGAAAGCAAGUCUAAACAUAUUGCCUUACCUACCUUCAGAGAAUUGUUAGGGGAUAAACUGGAGGAAGAUGGUUGUGCCGUACAGAUUAAUCAAUUGGUACAUGAAGGUUAUGUUGAUUCUGUUGUUUUAUCUGAUGCUUCUAGAGACUUCUUUGAGGAUAAGUUGAAACAAAGUGGAAAUCAAUUCAAAUCCAUUGGCAUUAAAUCCAAGAAGAGAAAAUCUAAUUCCCAGAAAACUGUUUUUGAGAGUGCCAAAGUUAGAAAGGUUUCUCCUUACUUUCAGAUUGACAAUGUGAAGAAGACCGUUGAAGAAGCUCCUGAUAGUGAAAAUGAGUUUGACUCUGUUGCUUUAAUGGGUACUUGUGAAUACAUGGUUCAAGACCAAGAGGAAGGGAAUGGAUAUAAAAUUGCAAUUGAUAAGAUUAAAUCCAAAUGCAAGGGAAGAUACAAGAAGCUGGAAUUUGUUGAGCAUGAUCCAAUUCAAAAAAUUUCACCUUUCUUUCAAAGUGACAAUAAGGUUGAUGCUGAUUCAUGUUGUUGUGAGAUUGAAUCCAUUGCUUCACCAGGUAUUCGGAGUAGCUUCCGUGGAGAUAAGAUGCUGGUGUAUGGAAAUGAAAUUGAAAAUGGAACAACUAAAUUGAAAAAGAAGACCAAAGCUUUCGCCAAUAAGCAGCAAGUAAAUGUAGAUGAUGCUGAAACUAGAAAUGUUAAAUCCAUGAAGACAAAAUCUGUGUUUCAGAAAAAUAUUACCGUUGGUGUUAAAUACGUUUCCCCUUUUUUUCAUAAUGACAGUGUGGAGAAGAUUAAAGGCAAAUCAUUGAAUAUGAAAAGAAGAUCUGAUUCCAUUCCUUUACCCAUCUAUGGAAAUUCCAUUGAGAAUAAACUAGAUGGCAAACAUGGUGGGGAGAAGAUUAAACAACAGGGACUUGAUAGUCAUAUUGAUUCUGUUGAGUUUACUGUUGCUUCUGGAGACUUUGAGAAACUGCAAGAAAAUGGAAAUGAAAUUGAAACCCUCAAAGUUAAAUCGAAGAAAAAAAGAAAAUCCAAUAAUAAAAAAUCUGCUGAGGAGCAUGUCCAGGUUCGGAAGGUUUCUCCUUAUUUUCAGAAUGACAAUGAAAAAACAGUCAAUGUUGAAGCACUUGAUUAUGAAAAUAAUUUUGAUUCUGUUGCUAAGUCUGGUUACAAAAUCGCUAUUGAAAAAUGUAAGUUCCAAAGCAAGAGAACAUCUGCAAAGAACAAGAUAGUGGAUCAUGCUCAAAUUCAAAAGGAUUCUCCUUUUUCUCGAAGUAACAAUUGGGAGAAGGUUGAUCAUGGAUCAUGUUAUGACAGUGAGAUUGGAAUCAGUGCCUUAACUAGUGUUGGUGGUGAUUUCCUUGAAGAUAAGCUGAGAGAAAAUGAAAUGAUUAAUCUGAAAAGGAUGAAAGGCAUUGCAAAUAAUUUGCAAGUGAAUGGAAAUGACGCUGAUACUUGUAAUGUUAAUCCCAAGAAAACGAAAUCGGUGGUUCAGGAAAAUGCAGUCCAGGUUGGUGUUAGAUAUGUUUCCCCUUACUUUCAGAAUGACAGUGGAAAGAAGUUUAGUGUUCAAUCAUUUAAAAAGGAAAUCAAGUCUGAAUCCACAGUUUUACCUACCUUUGGAAAUUUCAUGGAGGAUAAACCGGUGGAAAUUAGUGUAGGGAAGAAUCUUAAACAACAGGUACUUGAAAUUCAUGCUGAUUCUGCUGUUGUAACAGCUAAUUCUGGAGAUUUCUCUGAGGAUGAACCACAAAAAAUUGGAAAUGAACUUGAAACCAUUAAAGUUAAAUCAACUAAUAGAAAAUCCAACAGCAGGGCAACAGCUGAGGGGCAUGCCAAAAUACAGAAGGUUUCUCCUUACUUUCAGAAUGACAACAAGAAGGCAGUUAAUGUAAAAGUCCAUGGGCUUGAAAGUGACCUUGAUUCUGUUGCUUCAAUGGGUACUUGUACUUGUGAAGAUGAAAUUCCAGUUGAAAUGUUCAAAUAUGAAGGCAAGAGAACAUCUAAAAAGGAUGAGACAGCUGAGCAUGCUCAAAUUCGAAAAGUUUCUCCUUUCCCUCAAAGCAACAAUGUGAUGAAGGUUGAUGCUGAAUCAUGUUGUGCUGAUGGCAGGCUCCUUGAACAUAAGUUACUAGGGGAUGGAAAUGAAAUUGAAAAUGGAACUAUUAAUAUCAAGAAAGCCAUUUUCAAUAAACCGCAGGAGAAUGGAAAUGAUGCCACUACUAAAGUUAAACCCAAGAGGACAAAACCUCUAGGUCAGAAAAAUAUUGCUCAUGGUAUUAGAUAUGUUUCCCCUUAUUUUCAUAAUGAUAAUGGGAAGAAGAUUAAUGUGAGACAUUUGGACGAGGCAAGCAAGUCUGACUCUAUUGCUUUACAUACCCCUGAACAUUUCGUGGAGAAUAAACUCGAGGGAAAUAAAUAUAGUUGCAGUGAAAAACCUAUUGAAAUUAAAAGAAAUCUUUCUGCUUUUGAGAAGUGGGACGAUGCUUACAAAAGAAAAACUCCAGAUAAUACAUGGAAGCCUCCACGGUCUGCGCCUGUUCUCAUUCAAGAGGAUCAUUUUCAGGACCCUUGGAGAGUGCUGGUCAUUUGUAUGCUUCUCAAUCGGACUUCUGGUAGACAGACAAAAAAGGUUGUGUCAGACUUUUUCCAGUUAUGUCCCGAUGCAAAAUCUUGCACACAAGUUGCAAGCGAGGAAAUAGAAAAGACAACACAGACUUUAGGUUUACAACAGAGAAGGGCAAAAAUGUUGCAGCGUCUCUCUGAGGAAUACUUGGAUGAAAGUUGGACUCAUGUAACUCAACUGCAUGGGGUUGGGAAGUAUGCAGCAGAUGCAUAUGCUAUAUUUGUUACAGGAAAGUGGGAUAGAGUGACACCUACAGAUCACAUGCUGAACCACUAUUGGGAAUUCCUCCAUAAAAUCUAUCAAACAUGA